GUAUGAAUUAGAAAAAACGUGAAAAUUAAAGAAAUGCAGUUGCAUAAAUAAUACUACUGCUUGUCCUCCUUAGCUGGCCCCGACCGAGAAUACCGGAAGUCAAACCCCCAACCGGCGCCGUACUUGCUCCGUGUCGGCUCAGGCCACUCUACGAACCACCUUCACCAAUCAUGUCCCUCGCUCACCCUCAACCCUUUGCUUAUUUCUUUUUCGGCUUUUAUUAUCAUAACGCAGCAUUUUAACUGCUUAAAACUUUCUCCGUCUCCCUUUUUUUUUUUAAAAAAAAUUUCUGCCUCCCACGAAAGCCCUUUUUUGGAGAGAGAGAGUGGGAGUCUACAGUUUGUUCUUCACCAGCCAUUUUCUCUCUCUCAAAUUAUUUUCUAUUUAUUUAUUCCUCUAAAUUUCUCUUCUUUGGCUUUUGUCAACUGAAGAAACUGAGGGAUAUAGAGAGAGAAAGCGUAGCAAGGGAGAGAAAAGGACAGAAAAGUGAUACAGAUUGGUCACCAAUAGUGGUUUGAGGCGAAAGAGAAAAAAAAAAAAAGAGCUUGAUGUCAAGGUAAGAAUUUUCUCUUUCGGGACAGAAAUGGAAUGCCUUUUUUUUCUCUUUACAAAAAGAGGAAAUAGAUUUUUGUGAACUGGGUAUUCCCUAAUUUCUGGUAAAUUCGUAUAGUUUUUGUAUACUUGAUUGAAGAACAAAUGAAAAAGAAAUGAAGAUGUUUAGGUCACUGGAUCAGGGUCCAUGAGCCAUGGUGGAUCGCCGAAUCACAGUAGCUUUCGUCCUUGUGUCCUGGUUGCUAUUGUUUGACUCUACAUUUCAGCAACAAACUGGAAUCGAGGCACUGAGUUCACGCACGGAGAGAACGGCUCUGCUUGAACUCAGGGCUUCUUUGGGACUAAGAAGCAGGGAUUGGCCCAAGAAAGCCGACCCUUGCAGCCUGUGGAAUGGCGUAACAUGUCAAAAUGGGAGUGUCGUUGACAUUAACAUUUCUGGGUUUAGGAGAACUAGAAUUGGUAGCCAAAACCCUCUAUUCGCUGUUGAUUCUCUCUCUAAUUUCUCGCAUUUGGUUUCUUUUAAUGCCUCCAAUUUCUUGCUUCCUGGUUCUAUUCCAGAUUGGCUUGGGCAUAAGUUGUUGUCCCUUCAAGUCUUGGAUCUCAGUUCGUGUUCUAUAAGAGGUGUUAUACCUGUCAGUCUUGGUAAUUUGACUAAUUUAAGGAGUUUAAAUUUAUCAGCCAAUAGCCUCACUGGUUUUAUUCCUGCUAGUUUGGGUCAGUUGUCAAGCCUUUCUAUGCUUGAUCUUUCCCAGAAUUCACUGACUGGAUCCCUUCCUCCUUCAUUUGUUUCACUUGAGAAUCUGUCAAUUUUUGAUCUUUCUUCCAAUUUCUUAGCUGGGUCGAUUCUUCCAAGCAUCGGAGCUCUUCUGAAGCUUCAGUUUCUUAAUCUGUCCAACAAUAAUUUUUCUUCUUCAAUACCUUCACAGUUGGGUGACCUUCAUAGUUUGGUUGACCUUGAUCUCAGCUUCAAUUCGUUGUCUGGUUCAGUGCCAGCGGAUUUAAGAGGGUUAAGAAAUUUGCAGAGAAUGGUGAUUGGAAACAAUCUUCUUAGUGGGACCUUGCCGGUUAACUUAUUUCCUGCUCAAAGCCAGCUGCAGGUUGUAGUUGUGAGACAAAAUAUUUUCACUGGUGAAGUUCCUGAUGUGUUGUGGUCAAUACCUGGAUUGCAUAUUCUCGACUUGUCUGGCAACAAUUUCACUGGCUUGCUGCCUAAUUCUGGUUUGAAUGCUAAUGUCACAGCUGCACAACUUAAUAUCUCACAGAACAAGUUUUACGGCAAUAUCACACCUUUGCUUAGAAAGUUCAAAGUCGUUGAUCUGUCUGGAAAUUAUUUUCAAGGCACAGUUCCAGAUUUUGUGCUCAAUAAUUCAUCUCUUGGUAGGAACUGCCUGCAAAACGUCUCAAACCAGAAGACCGUGACAGAAUGUGCAUCGUUCUAUGCUGAGAAGGGCCUGACUUUUGAUAAUUUCGGACGUACAAAUUCAUCACAACCUACAGCCCCAAAGUCUUCUUCCGGGGUAAGCUACAGAACUAUAAUUAUUAUAGCAACUUCAGUUGCAGGGGGAGUUGUGCUUCUUCUGGUUUGUUUGGUACUUUUUAUCCUAUGUGCCCGUAAGAAUGGUGCUACAAGUCAAAGAGGGGUUGAAGUGGGUCCAAGUCCUGCUGGAGCAAGUCCUCCACUGCCAGCAACAGUCAUUAACUUUGCUGGGGUAGGAGAUUCAUUAACUUAUCAGCAGCUGCUCCAAGCCACAGGAGACUUCAAUGAUGCGAACCUGAUCAAACAUGGCCACUCAGGGGAUCUGUUUCGUGGUACCUUGGAAAGUGGAAUUCCUAUCAUCAUCAAAAGGAUUGAUUUGCAGUUGAUUAAACGGGAUGCAUAUUUAUCAGAAUUGGAUUUCUUUAGUAGGGCUUCACAUCCAAGAUUGAUUCCAUUCUUGGGACACUGCUUGGAGAAUGAAGACCAAAAAUUCCUGGUUUACAAAUGUAUGCCAAAUGCUGAUUUGUCAAGUUCCUUGUACCGCAAAUGUAGUUCAGAAGAAGAUGGUUUGCAGUCAUUGGAUUGGAUAACAAGACUGAAAAUUGCAAUUGGUGCUGCUGAAGGUUUAUCCUACAUGCAUCAUGAAUGUUCCCCACCCUUUGUGCACAGGGAUGUACAAGCAAGUAGCAUACUUCUUGAUGACAAAUUUGAAGUACGACUUGGGAGCCUGAGCGAAGUAUGCACUCAAGAAGGGGACCCUCAUCAAAAUAGGAUUACCAGGUUGCUGCGGUUGCCAAAGUCAUCAGAGCAAGUUGCUUCUGGUUCAGCAUCAGCAGCAACAUGUGCAUAUGAUGUUUACUGCUUUGGAAAGGUAUUACUGGAGCUUGUAACUGGUAAGCUGGGAAUGAGUGCAUCCAGUGAUUCCCAGGUGAAAGAAUGGGUAGAUCAGACGCUUCCAUACAUUAGUAUAUAUGAUAAGGAACUUGUCACAAAAAUUUUGGACCCAUCCCUUAUUGUGGAUGAGGAUUUAUUGGAGGAAGUGUGGGCAAUGGCCAUCAUUGCCAGGUCUUGCCUCAAUCCAAAGCCUUCCAGGCGGCCACUCAUGAGAUAUAUCCUCAAGGCUCUGGAAAAUCCUCUCAAGGUUGUAAGGGAAGAUAAUUCUGGCUCUGCAAGGCUAAAAACAACCUCGUCAAGAAGUUCUUGGAAUGCUGCCCUUUUCGGAAGCUGGCGUCACAGCUCAUCAGAUGUAGCAGUCAAUCUUGCAGGCUCCAUGACAAGAGCAGAGGGAGGAAGUAGCAUAAAGCAGUCAGGAACCACAGGCUCCCAAGGUAGUGGGGGGCAGAAUGGAGGCGGAGAGCACUCCUCAAGGAGACGGCAGUCUAGAGAAAUAUUCCCUGAACCAUCAUCAGAAGGACAAGACAUAGAGAGACAUUACCAGGAGUAGCAGCAGCGAAGAAAGAGAUCGAUUUUGCUUGAUUCUUUGUUAAUAAUACAGCAGGGUUCCCAUUUUUAGUGCCUGCUGGUUGGAUACCCACCCAGAGACGCUCAUGUUGGUUUUGGAGGGGAAGAAAGGUUGCAUUUUGGUUGAGAAGGCUAUACAAUUUUCUGUGUUAAAUGUUUACUUUUCUUUUUUUUUUUUUCCAAUGUAAUGGGUGGGAUGGACUUCUGGUUGGAAGAGGAGGGGGGAGGGGGGGUUAAGA